AUGCCCACCUUCACAAACAUCUAUACACUGCUCACAUCAUGUCGUUUGGCCCAACCUGUCAUCACCUUUGCCGAGCCGCUCACCGUCACGCCACGUGCGCCCGCUCUUCUCCCAAGCACAGUUCCGGUCAACACGAUAGAAUUGUGUACCGAUGAUAGCCUCGCUGAUUGGAACUUCUCCAGCCGGGUAGAUCAUGUCCGUCAUUUGCCUCCUAGAGCAAGACUGACUCGACUAUAA